CACGACUUGCCGUUUGUGCAGAACAAAAACACGUUCGUGCAUGUACCAGUGCGGUCUUUGCGUUCUGACGUAGGGGCUUUGGAUGAUGUGGAGCAAUCGGGUAGUGGGGGUACCAGUGGCAGAGAUGAGCUGUAUCGGGAGUUGGUUUACUAUUCUGGUGUAUUCGGAGAGCAGCAAACUUUGGCAGAAGCUCGCACUUUUUCAUUGUCGGCGGGGACAGGACGAGAGCAUGACCUACAAGAGGAGAACUCUGCCGGCGCCUUAGUACAAGAACUACCGGGUCCUGUCUUACCAUCCUCGGCAACACUUGGAACGGAAAAUGAACCAGAACAAGAAGAGAACAAGCUGUUGCUUCAGAACGAUGAGGACACUACGAUUAGUAAGGGAAGCCGUGCUCCUCAUCAGGUCCGCGUCUUGUUCAAGAAGGCUGCUCGUAGUCGCGGUCAACCGCGCUCACGCUCAAUACC